AUGGCCAAGAAUGAACAUUUCCCUGCUACUAUAGACGAGAUGUCAUCUAAAGAAAAACAUUCGGAGGUUGAAACUAGUCAUUCAAGAGAAAAGGCACUACUUGAGUCAGUUGUUGGGCCUAUUGAGCCUGACAAUCCCUUCAUAGUUGAGCAAGCAUCUGCAGCAAUGGAGGAACUCCUUAGGAUGGCUCAAGCUGGAGAACCCCUAUGGAUUCCAAACACAGACAAUGGUAUUGAACGUUUGAGUAAAAAUGAGUACUUAAGUAUUUUCCCCAAAGGGAUCGAAUUGGAACCUAUGGAAAUGAAAUCUGAGGCAUCGAGACAGUCUGCUAUUAUUUUCAUCAAUCAUACCAAACUCGUGGAAAUUUUGAUGGAUGUGAAACAAUGGUCAACUGUUUUUUCUGGCAUAGUUUCACGAGCAUCGACCAUUGACGUUGUUUCAAAUGGCAUGGAUGGAAAUUAUAACGGAGCCUUACAAGUGAUGACAGCUGACUUUCACGUCUUAUCACCACUUGUUCCAACUCGAGAAUACUCCUUUGCGAGAUACUGCAAACAAAUUGAUAAUGAGACAUGGGCAGUUGCUGAUGUUUCCCUGGAAAAUUUGGGUCCUGCAUCCAUAACUCAAAGUCGAAGAAGGCCAUCAGGCUGUAUGAUUCAGGAAUUGCCUAAUGGUUUCUCGAAAGUUACAUGGGUUGAACAUGUGGAAGUUGAUGAUAGAAAUGUUCAUCAAUUAUACAAAUCACUAGUUAACUCAGGUCUUGCAUUUGGCGCAAAACGCUGGAUAAUAACACUAUAUAGGCAAUGUGCACGCCUUUUAAGUUUCCAGUCAAACAAUAUUCAUGCAGAAUAUGUGAGAGUGAUGUUAACUCCUGAAGGGAGAAAGAGUAUGCUUAAGCUAGCAGAGAGAAUGGUGUUAGGCUAUUGCAAUGGUGUUGGAGUUUCUACUGAACAUAUGUGGACCAUGUUUUGUGGUGAAGGUGCUACAGAUGCUAAAAUCAUGACCAGAAAGAAUACAGAUGAUCCACGCACACCAGCUGGUACUGUGAUCAGCGCUGCAUCUUCUUUCUGGAUUCCAGUUCCUCCCAAAAGGGUUUUUGACUUCCUUAUCGAUGUGAGGUCAAGAAGCAAGUGGGACCUCUUAACCAAGGUUGGACAAGUACAACCAAUUGUGCACAUUGCUAAUGGUCGUGAUCCUAGUAGCCGAAUAUCCUUGUUGUGUUUACAUAACCCAGGAAAAAGCAACAAAUAUAUCCUACAAGAGAGCUGUGCGGAUUCUACUGCAUCAUAUGUCAUAUAUGCUCCAGUUGACCGAAUUUCUAUGAAUGUGGUCCUAAGUGGAGGUGAUCCUAAUUAUGUUGAUGUUCUCCCAUGGGGAUUUGCUAUACUUCCUGAUGGUCCUGGAAAGAAUUUAGGAGGAAUUCUAGAGGUCGGUUCUGGUGGAUCCCUGCUAACUGUUGCAUUUCAGAUUAAAAUUAGAUCAGUUCCACCAGAAAAUCUCACAAGUGGACAGGUGGCGACUAUAAACAAGCUUAUCCAAUGCACAACAAAAAGGAUAAAAAAUGCACUAGUGUCUGAUUCGAACGUCUGA